GGUAUUAAUUGAAUAAUUUCACCGCCAUUGUGAGAACAAAACAAAAAGGCUUUGAAAUUCUCAAAAUUCUUUCUCCAUCACUGUCUCCGUUCUUCUUUGUUCUUCUCCUCAUCGGUGGAGGAGAUCCGAGUAUAUUGUUGCGCUAAUUUUCAAAAUUUUGAAUGGAAAUGAGUAAUGAACUAUUGGAUAUUCAACCUAGAGAACUCAAGUUCAUUGUUGAACUGAAGAAGCAGAGUUCGUGCUCUGUUCGGUUAUUCAAUAAGUCGAACCAUUAUGUUGCUUUUAAGGUCAAGACUACUAGUCCGAAGAAAUAUUGCGUGCGACCAAACACAGGGGUUAUUGAGCCGAAGUCAGCAUGCGAUUUCUUAGUCACUAUGCAAGCACAAAAGGUUGCUCUUCCUGAUAUGACAUGCAAGGACAAGUUCUUGGUUCAAGGUACAGUUGUUGCUGAGGGGACAACUGAGGAUGAUAUCACAUCCAGCUUGUUUGCCAAAGAGAAUGGCAAAUAUGUCGAAGAGAGCAAGCUGAGAGUGGUCCUUGCCAGUCCACCUCAUUCACCAGUACUAUUACCAAUCAAUGGAGUGCAUGACCAGGUUCCUGUUUUUGAGACAUCACCAUCGAAAGAUCAGGUUCUUCGGGGUGAUGAAAACGUCGGCACCCAGCUCAAAGUGAUUGAGAACAUGAUGGAGCAAAAAUCAGAAAAUAUCGAGCCACCAGUAACAGUGGAGGCAAGAGAUCUUGAACGAGUGAAAGGCGUGGAGGAGCUGGAAUUGGCUAAGGAUGUUGAGAAUUUGACGUUCAAAAUAAGUGAGCUAGAGCUAAAAUUGGAAGAGGCUCAAGUAACCAUAUCAAAGCUUACAGAGGAGAGGAGAUUAACUGCUCGGGAGAGUGAAAGUCUACGUCAAGAAUUGGCAUUGUUGAGUACUAAGAAAGGUGUUAGAAGAAUUCAGGUGGGGUUUCCUUUCCUGUUUGUCUGUAUGGUAUCGCUUGUCAGUGUUGUUUUGGGGUAUCUUGUACGUUGUCAAUAAAGGAGAACCAGAGAAGCAACCAUGUAUGUGCUUUACAAACUUCUAGCAUAAAGGUACUAUCCUCGCAGAAGACAUCCGCACGGGGCAAGGGAGCUUUUUCUACGUUAUGUUAGCCACCUAACAAUAUAGCCACAGCCAACUAGUAUAUGUAUAUCUCUUUGAAUAAAUAAAUUUUCAGAAACCUGUCUUUUGCGUGUGCAAAAUGUUGUAUAUAGUUUAAGAGAUGGUUCAUUGUUUGGGUCUUGCGUUUCAGAUGGUUUUCCUUUCUUAGAAACUGGAGAUUGAUAAUAUAGAACCGUUGAGUUAAUUAAAAAAAAGCUUUGCAUUUUUUAACU